GCGUGGGGCCUGCUCCCACAGCUCCAGGGCUCAGCUGUGUGCUCUGGGGCUUUCUGAGCAGCCGGUACUGAUUAGAGGAUUCUUGAAGUUGGAGGCCCCUUUGGCAUGGAGGCUUUUACCCAGAAGAGCUGGGUGGAGAGAAAAGGCUGGGCUAUAGUCUUGAGGGUCAGCCAGGUGGGGAACAGGAGGCAUAUGGGAGCAUGUGAGGUCUAUGUGCAUCCUACAGGGACUUUUUGUCGUUUUGCUCAACUCUAAAUGGUGCCUCAGGGACACAAAGGGAAGUGUGUCCCUUAUGGUCACAACUGUCUCCAGACCCCAUUGCAGAACAGUGCUCAGUAGUUCUGUUAAUUCUCUAAGUGAGGGGAUGAGGCCCAUCUCCAAGGAAGCUCUAAGUCCAAGAGCAUUAGUGGGCGGGUCAGAUGUACUGGGUGUUGGCAGGAGUAGGAGGGGUUAAGAAGUGGGGACAGCCUCCAUCCCCCUAACUGGCCUCUUUCCUGUUAUUUCUCUGCCUGAGCUGUAGCCCCUGGCGCUCCAGGUGGGAGCAGCAGGGUUUUCUUGGGGAGGGGGAGCUCUGUCCCUCCGCUAGAGAAGAAGGAAUGUGGCUUGGCUGGCUGGUUAGGAUCUAGGAUCUAGGAGGAGCUUUGGGGCAGGGCGGGGCAGGGACAGGCAGAGGCGACGACUCCUGCUCCCUGUGCUCCCCGCUGCUGCUCAGCAAGGCUCUGCUGCCCACCUUCAGGCUGUGCAGCCAUGUCCUGGGCACUCUGACCCCACGGAAGCCCAUGGGGAGCCCCAGACUGGCAGCCCAGUGCCUCCCUCUUCUCCUGCUGUUUAUUGGCCUCUCUGCCUCCGCCAAGAUUGGCCGCUCCUACCUGCCCCGCUGGAGCACCCACUGUCUGCUGGCCUCCCACAUGGUAAGGAAGACACUCUCACUGCAGUCCUACUUUAUGAAUGAGGAAGCUGAGGCUUCGACAGGAAGGUCUGCCUGUAUUCUUUGCCAUACCCAGUUGGCCCUUCCUGUGUCCCUAAAGCCUUGGUGUGUUCAGCUCUGGCUCUGCCCCUAUUAUUUGUGCCUGCAUCUGGUGUCAGAUCCUUCAGGCCUCCAGGGGGGUUGGUUCUACCUCCUGGUGCAGAAAUACAAAAAGUCACAUAAGUUCCGGUUCUGUAGGAGACACAAGAUGCCAGCAUCUUCUCAGAGGAAGCUGAUGAGUAGCUGUUGUCUGUCUGAGAAGGGUCAUCACAUUGCUGUCCCCUCCCCAGACAUCUCUCACAAGGGGCUGCGCUCUAAAAGGACCCAACCUGCAGAUCCAAAGGCAGUGGAAGAUCUCCCCAGACCCAGCUCACAAAGGCAUGAAGGGCCUGAGUUCUCCUUUGAUCUGCUGUCUGAGGCACGGGCUAUUCAAGUGACCAUUCCUCCAGGACCUGAGGUCAGCGUGCGCCUUUGUCACCAGUGGGUACUGGAAUGUGAAGAGCUGAGCAGUCCCUUUGACACCCAGAAAAUUGUGUCUGGGGGCCAUGGUGUAGACCUGCCUUAUGAAUUUCUUCUGCCCUGUCUGUGCAUAGAGGCAUCCUACCUGCAAGAGGACACUGUGAGGCGCAAAAAAUGUCCCUUCCAGAACUGGCCUGAAGCCUAUGGCUCAGACUUCUGGAAGUCAGUGCACUUUACCGACUACAGCCAGCAUAGUCAGAUGGUCAUGGCCCUAACACUUCGCUGCCCCCUGAAGCUGCAGGCCUCCCUCUGCCAGAGGCAGAACUGGCACACCUUCUGUGAAGAUCUCCCCAAUGCUACAGCGCAAGAGGCAGAGGGGUGGUAUGUUUUGGAAGGAGUAGACCUGCACCCCCAGCUCUGCUUCAAGUUCUCUUUUAGAAAUAGCAGCCAUGUUGAAUGCCCCCACCGGACUGCUCCAUCCUGGAAUGUGAGCAUGGAUACCCAGGCCCAGCAGCUGGUCCUUCACUUCUCCUCAAGAAUUCAUGCCACCUUCAGUGCUGCCUGGAGCCACCCAAGCUUGGGCCAGGACGGUUUUGUGCCCCCUGUUUACAGCAUCAGCCAGACUCAGGGCUCAAGCCCAGUGACACUAGAUCUCAUCAUUCCCUUCCUGAAGCCAGGGAGCUGUGUCCUGGUGUGGAGGUCAGAUGUUCAGUUUUCCUGGAAGCACCUCUUAUGUCCGGAUGUCUCUCAUAGACACCUGGGGCUCUUGAUCCUGGCAAUCCUGGCCCUCGCCACCCUAUUGGGCAUUGUUCUAGCCCUCACCCGCCGGCGCCCACUGUCAGGCCCUGGCGGAGCGCGGCCCGUGUUGCUCCUGCACGCGGCGGACUCGGAGGCGCAGCGGCUCCUGGUGGGAGCGCUGGCUGAACUGCUGCGGGCUGCUCUGGGCGGCGGGCGCGACGUGAUCGUGGACCUGUGGGAGGGGACGCGUGUGGCGCGCGUGGGCCCCCUGCCGUGGCUGUGGGCGGCGCGGGCGCGCGUGGCGCAGGAGCAAGGCACCGUGCUGCUUCUGUGGAGCAGUGCGGGCCCCAGUCCAGCGCGGGGCCCGGAUCCCCGCUCCGCGCCCCUGCGCGCCCUGCUCCGCGCUGCCCCGCGCCCCCUGCUGCUGCUCGCUUACUUUAGUCGCCUCUGUGCCAAGGGCGACAUUCCGCAGCCACUGCGCGCCCUGCCGCGCUACCGCCUGCUGCGCGACCUGCCACGCCUGCUGCGGGCGCUGGACGCGCAGCCUUCCACGGAAGCCGCCGGCCGAGGCCGCCUCGGGGAUCGGCAGUGCCUGCGGGGUCGCCUGGAGCUGUGCCACCGGCUGGAACGAGAGGCCGCCAAAUUGUGCCCACCGAGGCUGAGCAGAGACAGGCGUAGGGGUACUGGCUGGAAUCCCUGAAGGAGCCUUCUACCCUAGAAUCCUUG